AUGAUCCCUCAAGCCGUGCUCCUCGCCCUCGGCGCCCUCGUCGGCACCGCCACCGCUGCGGCGGUCCCCAAGGUGGCCGUGUCGCCGCGGGACUUCCUGAACCCCGGCCAGCUCCGCUGUCUCUGGACGGAGCAGGACCACGCCGACCUGGGCUGCCUGACAAGCCUUGGCGAGUGGACCACCAACGAGGCCGAAUGCGGCACCUUCGUGGGCUCCUGGAACAGCAACACCACCUUCUUCCUCUCCUCGCCGGAUUCGGGCAGCUGCGGCCUCGACGGCAGUUUCUUCAAGUGCGGCCGCGACGGCGUCAAGCCGUUCAACUUUGGUACUUGGGGACGAGAAGGGCCGGUGCCCGGCCGCGACAUCCUCAGGGCCGGCGAAUAUGCUACGUUUGCCUCCGAUUCGGCCAACGCCCCGCCGGCGUCCGGGGACCCGCCCCUCGACAUCCACAUUUACAUGGGCAUCGAGCCGGGCAAGUGGGUGUUCUUGGGCUGGAAGGACCUGUAG